AUGAGAGUGGAUAGCAAAACUUUGCUAUUAAAUUACCAUAUUCGACCAUCAAAAAAGGAAGUUCUGUUGGUGGAAAGUGUCCAGGGCGACGAUCCCGUUAGAAGUUUAAUCUCAUGUUUUAAUGUUCAUCAACGUGACAAACACCAACACAGCGAUUGUGUCAGAAAAUUAACAAAAUCUUGA